GGGACCCAACCAUCGUCCACAACACAAUUCCCUCCUUUAUUGAAGAAAACGAAAUUGCUCCCACUACACAACCGUCGGAUUUUCUUUCCUGUACUCCAUCUUCCCCUUCUCCGACCAUUUCCUCCAUUGCGGCACAGAAAUAUAGAGAUAGAUGGGGGUGGAUUACUACAACAUUCUGAAAGUGAACAGGAACGCGAGCGAUGAUGAUUUGAAGAAGGCGUACAAGAGGCUCGCCAUGAUAUGGCACCCUGACAAGAACCCCGUCAAUUAUGUCGAGGCCGAGGCCAAGUUCAAGCAAAUUUCCGAAGCUUACGACGUUCUCAGUGAUCCCCAGAAGCGCCAGAUCUACGAUCUCUACGGAGAGGAGGCUCUCAAGUCCGGUAUUCCCCCACCCCCCUCCUCCUCCUCUUCUCGUGCCGCCAGCGGGGUCCCCCAUAAUCUUCACCAUCAAUACUACAAUAGCAACCGCCAGCAUCCCACCUCCUUCCGGUUCAACCCCCGGGAUGCCGAUGACAUCUACGCCGAGAUUUUCGGAUCCGAGAGUAAUGGUAGUGGCGGCGGCGGUGGUGGUGGAGGAGCAGCUAAGGGAUUUGGUAGAGACGGGUUCUUCAGAACGCCUGGUGGUGGGUCAGGUACCGGGUUUUCUAGGAAGGCCGCGCCGCUGGAAAACGCGUUGCCCUGUAGCUUGGAGGAGCUCUACAAAGGUGCUAAGAAGAAGAUGAGGAUCUCUAGGAACGUCUAUGACGCCUCUGGUAAGUUCCGGACUAUGGAGGAGAUAUUGACUAUUGAGAUCAAACCUGGUUGGAAGAAGGGUACCAAGAUAACAUUCCCCGAGAAGGGUAACCAGGAGCCUGGUUUCAUUCCCGCAGAUGUGGUUUUUGUGGUAGACGAGAAGCCGCAUGCUCUUUAUAAGAGAGAUGGUAAUGAUCUGGUAGUCAACCAAGAGAUAACACUUCUGGAGGCCCUCACGGGGAAGACCCUUGACUUGACUACCCUUGACGGAAGGAAUCUCAUGAUCCCUCUGACAGAUAUAAUCAAACCUGGAGCAGAGGUCAUUUUCCCAAAUGAAGGAAUGCCAAUCUCAAAAGAACCUGGGAGGAAGGGAAAUUUGAAGAUUAAAUUUGCCGUCAAGUACCCUUCAAGGCUUACAGAAGAACAAAAAUCUGAUUUAAAAAGUGUUCUGGGUGGGAUUAUAUAGCUUUGAACAUCAGAGGUGACAAUCAACACAACUAGUGGUUGUUGUUAUUGGAUGUAAAUAUGGCACUUGUAUCCCAUUGAAGAAUGUGAAUACUAGGAAGUUUGCAGGCCGGGAUCUUAUCCAAAAAAUUAAAAACAGAAAAAGAAAUGUUUAGGGGUGAUUUUUCCAAUCUUUCAUUGGGAUGGCUUAUGCGGUAGGAUGUAAAUGGUCAUGGGGCUGGCCAUCAGUCUUAACUAUAAGAAAUGGGUAGGAAAUACUACUUGACCUUCUUCCAUUUUUGCCAUAGUGCUAUUCUUCCUUUGAUCCGGAUGCUAUAGAUAGAGAUGAUAGUCCUUGGAUUUUCAUUGUAUUGUGGAGUGACUUUGAUGUUUUAACUUGGGGAAGUAUUGAAAUUUAUUAUAUUGGUGGUUGAUUAAAA